AUGUUUCGCUACAACCUUGACGAAGUGAUCACGCGACAGGAGCUGCGCUCGCGGAUCGCCAACGAGUUUCGGCGACACAGCGACGUCGAAAAUCCCAAGGUGAUCGAUCUGAUGGUGGUGAAGGGCAAGGAGGAGCUGGUGAAUUUCCUCAACCACUCGAAGCAGCGGCACCACGUGAUAUCGCAGUGGGUGGUGGGGCCACAGGGGCAAGUGCCCACCAUCCCAGGAGGACCCCACCACAAGCCUGGAAUCGUGCCCAAGGGCAGUGAAUCCGCGUUCCUUCAAAACUUCUACGAGAGCAACUGA